CCCUCCCCCACCCCGCCGAACAGCUCCGCCUUGCUGCGGCCCGCCACCGGUCUUCCGCGCAGCACGGCCUCUCGCCGCUGCGCGCGCCUAAAGCCACACCUCUCGCGUGUCGCCACGCCCUUGGAGCUCCGCCCCUGUCGCCGGGAUUCCACCCCGCAGGACUCCGAACCCCAAUGAUCCUUCAGCAGCCCCUGGAACGAGGUCCCCCGAGUCGGGCCCAGCGCGACUCGCGGGCUGCCUUGGGGGCGCCCCGGGGCCUGGACGCGAGGGAGCCCCUGCGCAAGCAGUUCCUAUCCGAGGAGAAUAUGGCCACCCACUUCUCUCGACUCAGCCUGCAUAAUGACCACCCUUACUGCAGCCCCCCCUUGGCUUUCUCACCAUCUCUGCCUGCACUCAGGAGCCCUUGCUCUGAACUGCUGCUCUGGCGCUACCCUGGAAACCUGAUCCCUGAGGCCCUGAGGCUGCUGAGGCUGGGGGACACCCCUACCUCCCACUACCCUGCAACCCCAGCUGGGGAAAUAAUGGAUCUCUGAGUGCUGGCAGGCAGCGCACCUGCCCACCCUCCUUCUCCCCCACAACAGGGGAGACUAACACCCCCGUGAAGGGACCAGCUACCCUGCUUUUCCGCCAUACUAGGCCUUUGAGCACCAAGACCUUCCCCCAACAGAGGAAGACACUGAGCCUGGGGUAGGAGGGGCAGUAGCAUGGAAAGGGAGGCAUUCUCCCCCACCCCCCAGAACUGAAUAAAGAUUGCCGAGCAGAUGAUA